GCAGCAAAAGCAGCUUUGGAGGCUGCAAAGUCAGGAAAAUAUGCAAAGCCACUCAGUGCCACUUCUUUGGGAGGAAUGCCUGUGCCAACUGGCGAUGAGCAUCGAGAGUUUUGCACGCUACAGGAUACUGCCACUCGGGAUGAUGCUCUUGGAUUUCUUGAUCUCCCACUGUCGAAAGUUCCCCUGUCAAAGCCUUUGCGUGGCUGGGUACCACUUCGGCCGCCAGAAGCGCAACUACUUCCUGGAGAAGAAGGGGUGCGACCGGCGAAAGGCGCAGGAGCUGUGCUUUUGGAGGUUUGGCGCAGCCAAGUUCUCCCUCUAG